AUGGCGAGAGAUGCUCGAACGGCCACACAGGGACUUAGUCCAGCAUCAGUAGAUCUUACCAGACUGCUUUCUCGUCUAGAACGCGUUAUAUUACAUCCCGACAAUCCCGUGGAUUUAAGCCGAUCUCCUUACGAGCGGACCAAAAUCGGUGCAAAUUUAGAAUAUGCUCGCUCUUUACUACUGCGCUUAGAGCAUGAGAAUUCGGCAGUCAGGAUACAAUCAAAAAAGCAUAGCGCUCAAGUAGAUUUGUCGCAAAAACGCGAAUUAAUCAGGAAAUUGAAUGAGCGCUUAUACGAGCUGGGGCAGGUUGAUGAUGAGGCAUGGCAAGAAGACGAAGUCGAAACUAAUAGCGAUGACGAAGCCGAGCGCGAAGCCUUUCCCAGGCCGACUGACGGGGGAAAAAAAGAGAAUGAGGUACACGCGGAAUUCGGUGGUUUGGAUCAGAAGGAGCGUGCAAAUUACAAUGGCGGAGCAGAAUCCUCAAACACUCUACGAUCACGUCGCCGUGUGUCUCUUCCCACGGAUAGCGGUUUGGCGACAGGCAGCUCCCUUUCACAAACUGCGAAGACCGAGAAUCUCUUGAGCCACAACCGCACAGAGCAGGAAUCGCUUACCACUUCGCUGCUCAACAUGGCUGAGGCGCUGAAGGCCAGUUCACUGCGGUUUGGCCAAUCGUUAGAAGCGGAAAAGGAAAUUCUAGAUCGAGCCGGACAAGGACUGGAGAAAAAUGUGUCAUCGAUGGAGGCUGCUGAAAAGCGCAUGGGGACUCUCCGACGGAUGACUGAAGGAAAAGGCUGGUGGGGACGGAUGCUCAUGUACGCCUGGAUAACGGGAUUGAUGAUCCUCGCAUUCGCCAUUGUCUUUGUUAUGCCAAAACUCAGGUUUUAA